AUGCUUCGUCUCUCAAAUAUGAGCAGAUCACGAGGCAUGGCUAUGGCCUCUAGAUCACUGGCAUCGUCUAGACAAGCUUUAGCAUACCCCGCACUUACCAGUGCCAGAACCUUUUCGCAAUCAUCAUUUCAACGAUCCAGUGCAGAUGAGCAGAAAAAACAAGAAAAGCAAGAAAAGCAAGAACAGCAAAAGAAGAGCUCUCCCAGCGAUGAUGAUGCUAAUCUUGAUAAAACUCCUCUGCAAGUCUUCUUUGACACCUUCAAGCGCGAAUGGCAAAAGAGUGAAGAGCUCCAGAGUAACAUCAAGGCUCUUCAAGAUGAAACCGGCCGCAUGGCUGAAAGUGCUGCCUACAAGAAAGCCAAGGAGGCCUUAGAAAAGGCUCAAGAAGGUACUUCUUCCGCCACUUCCGCAACCUCCGCCACUCUUAAAAAGGCUUCUAAAGUGGUGGGCCAAGUUGCUCAUGAAGCAUGGGAGUCCCCCGUGAUUAAAACCACACGUAAUGUGGCAAGUAAAACUGCCGACGUUGUGGAAAAGGCCACAGAACCCAUUCGUGAAACACAGGCAUACAAGACUGUCAGAGAUGUCAUUGAUGACGGCUCCUCAAUGCGUUACGGUGGUUACGAAGAUAAGGAGACUCGUCGCUUGCGUCGUCAACAAGAAGCUGAGAAGGAGCUUGAAGAAGAACUCCGAACUGGCAAGAAGAAGGCCAAGCCUGUCAAGGAAGACAUCAUGGCUGGUCAAGCAGUUGUCUUACACGAAAACCCAGAACCCGUCGAGACUUGGCGUGACAGUUGGGCCAAAUGGAAGGCUGAGAGUGCUGCUGGUAAGAAGCUUUCCGAUUUGCAAACUGCCUAUGAGGAAACCGAUAAUGGCUUCAUCUCUACCAUCCGAACCAUUGGUGACAAGAUUGGAGGCUUUUUUGAAGAAACCGAAAACGCCAGAGUUGUUCGCAUGUUCAAGGAGCUUGAUCCUGAAUUUAACCAAGAAAAGUUUUUGAAGGAGAUCCGCGGUUACAUUCUUCCUGAAGUUUUGGACGCAUAUGUCAAGGGUGAUGAGGAAACCCUCAAGCUCUGGCUCUCCGAAGCUCCUUUCAACAUUUGGGCUGCAUCCACUAAACAAUACAAGGAGGCCGGUUUGUACUCUGCUAGUCGUGUCUUGGAUAUUCGUGGUGUCGAUAUUCUUCAGGCUAAGCUCCUUCCACCUCAAGACGUUCCUGUCUUUGUCAUUGGAUGCCGUGCUCAGGAAGUCCACAUGUACAAGAACAUCAAGACUGAUGAGAUUGCUGCAGGUAUGGAGGACCACAUUCAGCAAAGCACAUAUGCCAUGGUCAUCACCCGGAUACCCGAGAACAUUGAGGAUCCUGAAACUAAGGGCUGGCAAAUUUUAGAGUUGGUUCGUGGUCAGACCCGUGACUGGACAUAA